CAAAAUGAAGAUAUCAGUCUUACUCCUUUACUUUUUUGUGACAUUAUGUCCUCUCUCUGAGGGGUUGCCCCUCAACUGUCCUCCUCCGUAUCUGAAUGAGGCCGCACACCUGAGAUCAGGGAAACUUUGUGCAACAUUGCAGCUGCAGACCAAGCCGCCCUGCCCCGGUGUGAGCCUCUCAGUAAGUGAAAAUGUGCGACUGAAUCCUGAAAAAUGGCAUCUGGAGAGUCUGUCACUGAAGGUGGAAAAAGCCUGCAGUUUUAUAGUAUUGAAACAAGACAAAGAAAGCCAACAUUUUCCUGGGGGAUUCUAUGCAAAUAUUACUAUAAAUUCCAUCAAUGCACAGUCUGAAUUUUUGUGUGUUUGCACAAAAUUGCACAUUAGAAACCGACGUGCUCCAACAUUUCAGGAUUUUGCAAUGAAGCAUUUAUUGGACAAUCCUGCAGAUCCGUCUGAUACCAGCUAUUGGAAGAAGGCAUGGGAUUCUGCAACGAAAUAUAGAGUGGAAGUAAAGAAUAACAACAACAUACCACGUGUACAAUCCUUCAUGCCAAGAGAAGAAUUUAAUAAAAAGUUCACACGUGAUUUUAAGAUCAAAGCUUCUAAUAGCAGAACUUUAUACAGAAGUGAGAACCGAAUGAAUAUUUAUGAUGUCACUAACAAAAACGGUAAAAUAGAUGUCGUGAAAAGGUAUGAUUAUGUUGUGGUUGAUCUUGACAACAAUGAUCGGCCAAUUCAUUAUGAACCUGUUUCAGAUGAGUCUGCUGAAGGCUUAGGAAAAAUUAAACCUGGACAAUCUGGUGCAUCUAGACUAUUCAAAGGAUGGAGAGGAGGAGUGCAGCAAUUUGAAGAAGCUGUAGAGCCCGUGGCUGAAGGAGAAAAUAUAGCCAUGACUGUGAUCGGAGCAGCUCCAGUAACUCACGCAGCUACGAUCUUCGCACAAAUUCUACAUGUUAUGACUUUUUUUUUAAUAUAAGCCAAAAAUGAAAUAAUGUGGGCUGAGGGUUGUACUUUAAUGCCUGCUGUGUAAACCUCAAAAUAUUCCAGUAUGCUAAAAAAAUGUUUAUGAACAAAUGUUGUGAUUAUUAACAGUAAUUUUGUCAAC